UGUAAACCCUGGACAGUAUCAAUCUAAUCAUUACUGCGCCAACACAGCCGUCACCGUUUGUCGUUUCCUCGAUCACAGUGGUAGUAUUUCGUCUCUUGUAAUCUUGUUCUUCUUACAUCCAUCUCCUGCUUCAUAAUAAUGUCGACGUCCGUGUCUGAAGAACCGGCUCAUCACCCUGUCAAGCGUGCGCUCGCACCAUGGAAACUCACGGCUGAGGUGUACAUGCUCUUUCUAACGUUGAAGGAGUUGCCCAAGAAUGUGCAUGAUGAGUUGGAAGGCGAGGUUGGAGGGUGGGAUGACGAGGAGAAGGGAAUGUUCAAGGGGGGUUUGGGGAGUGUGGUUGUCGUUAGGUAUAGGGACACGCCUGUAGGUCCUUACGACGAACUUCUCCUCGUUCCCGGAAACUUCAUCGUCCCGCAGCCCACUAGCACUACCUCAUCCCACUUGCAUAUCAAGAUCCAUAAAAAGGCCCAACGCAUAUCCCGCAUCUACGUCUCCCAACGCACAACAACCUAUAAUGGCCGCCUAAACUGGAAUAUACCCAAACACCUCGCUCGCUUCUCCUUCUCUUCGCCACCCACGCCACCUGGUGCCUCACCCCCCUCCAGCCUCACUGUGCAAGUCUUUCCCCCAGGCACUAAGGAUGGAGAUGGCGGCGCCCCAUUCUUUGCUUGUACGCUCAAGCCGUGGACGUUGUUUCCCCCCAUUCCGCUAAACACAAAGUAUCUUCCGCUUAGCAUGGCGGCCGCGCAGCCGCCAUUGCCUGCUGCACCAGAGUAUAAGAGGGCGCUUAGCGAGGUCCUUGGAGGAGCAGAGGUGGACGAGUAUGAUCUAGAUCCGAAGAAAGAAGGUGCCGUGCUGGUGGGCACGGAGAAGUGGCGGGCGUUUGAUAUUGCGGCGAUUGCGCCGAGAGCGAGGGGGUGUUGGGUUGAGGUGCAUGAGAAGAAAGACGAGGAGGUGGUUGAAGAGGGUGGAAAGGAGUGGUGGCCGAGGAAUUUGAGGUCGUGGAGUGUCGGGGCUUGGAUGGAGGAUGUGGAUUGGAGAUUGGGGGAGGUGGUGGAGUGGACGGUGUAAGCACAGUGAUGCGACGUUUGAUGGCGCCUUCAGUCAUAUAUUGCUGGUGUGCGAAGCGUUUUGCAAUUGCACGUCGACGCUGUAGUAUCGGUUGUAUGUGC